AUGGGUAAUUGGAAAAAACAAGGGAUGAGUGAUUAUCAAGUGUUUCAUGAUCACUUGCAAUUCUCAUCUUACAACAGAAAACCACCUGUGGAUGAUAAGUUUUCGUCAGUACCUUUGUGGGAAAAGAAGUUUUGCGCAUCGAUUGGUUCAGUCUCAUGGCGAAAGCUGAUAGAAGGCAAGAGGUAUAUGUAUCUGUAUGACAAUGUGGUAAAUUGGGAUGACUCUGCUGUCAAAGAGGCAUUUGACAAAGCAAAAUACAGGUUUUGGGCUGAGAUCAACGGCUUUCCCUACGAUAUACCGUUGCCUGAUCCUAACAUUUAUAUUGACAAUGUAGAUUGGAAUGCAAGUGUUGAUCACAAACUUUUUCUGGAGUUGGAAAGAGAAGAAGAGGUAUGCCAAAACAAGGAAGAAAAAGGUGAGGAUGCUGUGAUUCUUGGGAUUUCUUUACUCUUUGAUCAAUCCUUUUCAGGUCCGGGAUGGGGGGACGAAGAAGAAAAAGAAGAAUAUGACUGGAAAAAUAGUCAAAAUGUUUCUCAGGAUCAAUUCCCAUCUUUGAGCCGCAUAGUUGUUUCAAAUAAUGCGGCUAAUGGAUGGGAAUCAAACCAACAUGAAAAUAAUGAAACAAACUCUUGGGAACGGUAUCGUUCUCCUGUUGAUGAGCAUGCAAAAGAAUAUGGAUGGCAAAAUGGUCACAACAUUUCUCAGGGAUGGAACCAGAGGGAGCAAUAUGGCGGUGACUUGUGUAACAAGUACCAACAAGGAAGAAAUGGUGGGAACAGAAAUUGGGGAAAUUGGAAUGGAUAUUACAAAAAGAGAGAAAACAUGUCAUGGUCUAAGAACCCUGGAUAUCGUCAUGGUAAUGAGUAUCAGAUGAAUCGAGGAAGAAGAAACCAAGGAGGAGGAGGUGGUGGAAGGACAAGGAAUUUUACUUAUGUGGACAAGUUAAGGAUUAAUCUAAAUCGAUUUAAUACAAUUCACUUUCCAAUUCUUCAGUUUGCAGACGACACAGUGUUAGUAGGUGAAAGAUCGUGGGCUAAUGUAUGGACUAUCAAAUCAAUUUUAAGAGGCUUUGAACUAGUUUCCGGAAUGAAGAUCAACUUUGUGGAGAGUAAGCUUUAUGGGAUCAAUGUUGAUGAGUAUUUCUUGGAGGCUGCAGCCAACUUUUUGCUUUGUAGGGCAGAAACAGUUCCUUUUAAAUUUUUGGGAUUGCCGUUGGGAGCCAAUCCGAGAAGGUUGAUCACGUGGAAGCCGGUAGUAGAGUCGAUGAGAAAAAGACUAAGUUGUUGGAAUGGACGUCAUCUAUCAAUUGGAGGUAGAGUUACUUUGAUAAAUUCGGUCCUUUCUAGUUUGCCGCUUUAUUUCUUUUCCUUUUUUAAGGCUCCUAAAGGAGUUAUCAAUGAUCUUAUAAAACUACAACGCAAUUUUAUGUGGGGUGGAGGAAUGGAUGAAAAAAAAUUAUGUUGGGUUAGAUGGGAACAUAUUUGUUUACCAAAAGAUAAGGGUGGCUUAGGGGUGAAAAAUUUGAAAACUUUUAACCAAUCUUUAUGA